GGAUCUAAGGAGACAUCAUGGCAGCGAAACAGUGUAUAUUUCUCCUGCUUUUCUACGCAGUUUUCAACGGCAUGAACACGCAACGCGCACAGAACGAAGUGACCCUUGACGAAGUGCUUUCACGUUCACUGGUGAAUAAGCGCGAUCCUUGGGAACAUGUGUACAGCAGACCUUUGCGGUGUUUUGAUAUGGUGGCCUCGGAGGGUCUUUUCACCUUCACCAGUGAGCAUGCACAUCUUAACUGUGGAGUCUUCUUCAUUGGAGAGCCUAAUGAGGUUAUUGACCUCAAACUCAACAUGGUGGACCUCGACUGCAGUCAGGGGGAUAUACUCAAGGUGUUUGAUGGCUGGCUCAUGAAUGGAGACAUAUUCCCCAGCUCGCUGGACCAUCCCCUGCCGCUGGGCGAGCGCUACGUGGAUCUCUGCGCUGCCAAGGCGACGGCAGCGGCAGCGGGGGCCGUGGACAAAGGAUUGUUCCGCUCCUCGCAGAACGUGGCCAUGCUGCUCUUCCGAGUCCACGCCGCAAAGAAGGGCUUCAGCGUGACCAUGAAAAAACGCAUCAACCCGUUCCCUUGCAACAUCAUCUCUCAAACGCCAGUGGGUAGCUUUACCAUGGUGAUCCCCCACCAGAGGAGAAACUGCAGCUUCUCCAUCAUAUACCCUGUGGAGGUCCAGAUCACCAAACUCAGCCUGGACCAGUCACAGUCAAAUGACAUCGCCCUUGAGAGGCCCCAUGGCGACUGUGCCGAGUCGUCUGACUACGUGGUCGUCCUGGGUGGCAGUGUGAUUGACACCUCCAAGAUGUUCCCCGUGAGCGACCUGUGCUUUUUCCCCCACAGCCAGACCCAAAUGAAGAUUGGAUGUGACAACACUGCUGUGAGACUGGUGGCGAGCGGGAGAUACAUCAACAGGGUGUCCUUCCAGUACAGGCUUCUGGAGCGCGGCGAGUUACUGAAAGUCAAGCGGAACACCGUGGAAGACGUCUGCUCUGUGAAAUGAAGCCGUUUGGAUGGUGGUGGUGAGACGAGAGUGAAGAGUUUCGAUGAGUUUUGGAUGAGCGUGUGAGUGACCAGGACUUUCAACACAAUACAAAUACUAUAUAUCCCCUUUUAAUAUGCAUCAGAAAAUAAAAAAUCCUCUAUGUCUAAAUUUAUUUGGCCAUUGCCCUUGUGUUACGUUUGUU